GUGACCUUAGUUGACCUUGGAAGUGGUGGUGGCCGCGCUGCGAGGGGCUCAGCGCCAGGAGACAGCACUCAGCUGUGUCACCGUAGCCACCACCGGCACCAGUGCUGAAGUGAGGGUCUGGGGCGGGUGCUGUGCCCAGCACUCGCUGCAUCCUCGCUGCCACUGACUUGAGGACUCCUUGGUGCAUCCCGCACCUGGCCUGCUGGCUUGGUCCCUGAGUGUGCUGUGCUCAGCACCACUGACUUAAGGACUCCUUGGUGCAUCCUGCGCCUGGCCUGCUGGCUUGGUCCCUGAGUGUGCUGUGCUCAGCACCACUGACUUGAGGACUCCUUGGUGCAUCCCGCGCCUGGCCUGCUGGCUUGGUCCCUGAGUGUGGUGUCGGGGAACCUUGCCGCCCGCUGCAGCUUCCCUGAGGUUCCUGCAAGACCUGCCGCCUCCUCACAUCAGGAGCAGUGUUGCAGUGGAGGCUGCAGGGCCGGGCAGCAGCCUGAGUGGCUGGUGUUGUCUACAUAGCUGUCCCUUGUAAGGAGUAGUCCCUGGUUUGUUUACAAACAAAAGGCAGACCACUAUAUUCACAGAUCCGUGAAGGCAUCUGGUCGCAUGUGCCUGGCUGUCCCCCCAGUGUUUUCCAGCAUGGGAGAACAUGUUGUUUUAUUCUCUGUUUUGCAAGUAAAGUGAAGGGCCAUUAAACAGCCUUCGUGCAGUGAUUCAGAGCUAAAUUUACAGGAAAUAGCAUCUUGUUAAUUUCAAAACAAAACUGUCUUCUUGUGAUAACUGUUGAAGGCAGAUUGCAUUCUUUUAUAUGGGUGGUUAGGGUCCACCUCCUGCCAGCAGGAUAUUUCUCAACAUAACUGAAUGCCUGAUAUACCAUAAGCUCAAAACUGCCACACAAGGGAAAGUUUUGCUUAACAUUCCGCUUGUUUCACGACGAAACCAUCAGACUUCUCCUUUGGCUGCUGGUAAGGCUUGCUGGAUAUUGACCAUUCAACAAAAAAUACUGCAAAGGCACUAUUUCAUCUAUAAAUUUGACCAGUCUAUCCGGUAAAUCAAGUCACAUUAUCAGGGGACACCUGCGUACAGCUUUGCUUAUCAAGAUGUCUUUGUUUAUAUACAUCCGCAGCUGAGCAUGUGCAGUUUGUAUGAGGACAGCUCCAUAAGAGAGGACAGUUACGUACACAACACCAGGAGCAGACAGCCACCGGUGUGAGGAUCAGGGGUGAUCAGGAGAAACACCACCACAAUCUCCACAACCUCCAGCCAUAAGGGAAAGGGAACGCUUGUGUGUGAGAAGAUUGGAGACUGAGAGCAAGUUCACCAGACACAGCCUUGCACUCACUGCUGAAGGAAACCAUGAGUGACCAGAGUGUGGAAAUAGACCCCAUGGCAAUGGUAGUCGCAACAACUGCUCUCUUAGAACCUGAUGAAGCAGGUCAUGAGUGUUAUGAGUGCGGCAAACGGUUCUCCAAAAAGAGUAACCUCACCAAACACACCCUUACACACACUGGUGAGAAGAACUUCGAGUGUGGAGUUUGUGGGAAGAAAUUUGCCAUGAAGGACACACUUAAUAGACAUGCCGUCACGCACUCCGGGGAGAAAAAUCAUAUAUGCGAGGUGUGCGGCAAGAGAUUCACAGAAAAAGCCACCCUCAUCAACCACUUCCUCAUACACACCGGGGAGAAGAAUCACGAGUGUCACUUCUGCGGCAAAAGGUUUAGACUGAAGAACUUGCUCAACAGACACAUGCUGAGACACACCGCGGAAAGUAGUUUUGAGUGUGAGGUUUGCGGGAAGGGAUUUUCCGAGAGGAGCACGCUGAACAAACACUCUCUUAUCCAUGGGGAGAAGACCCAUGAGUGUGACGUUUGCGGGAAGAAGUUCACGGAGAAGGGCACACUUAAAACACACGUCCGCACACACACUGGGGAGAAGAAUCAUGGGUGUGGGAUUUGCGGGAAGCGGUUCACACAGCGCGGCACUCUCCGAGCACACGUCCUGAAGCACACCGGCGAAAAAAACCACGAGUGUGAAAUAUGCGGCAAAACAUUCGCACUAAAAGCGUUCCUCAACACACACAUCAAGCGACACACUAAGGAAAGGAAGUUCGAGUGUGAACUGUGCGGAAAAAUCUUCACCGAGAAACGCAUCCUCAAAAACCACGCGCUUACGCACACCGGUGAAAAAAAACAUGAAUGUGAAGUUUGUGGGAAGCGGUUCACUCAGAAAGGAACCCUCAAGAAACACAGCCUCCUGCACGCUAGUAAGGAUGAUCAUAAGUGUGAAGUGUGUGGGGAGGGAUUUGCCGAGAAGGGCGCCCUGGACGAGCACACCCUGGAACACAAUGAUGAGGAGGAGGACUUGACGCCGCGUGAGAGGAAGAAGAAGCGCGCCAGUGAGAGACGUCCCAAGAUAUGCGUUAAAAGUCUUGCCAGGAAAAAAUCAACUUAAGGGGAACGUCCGCCGUGGACUAAAAUUGCAUCUGUGGUCAUUAAUAAUAUGUAUGUUGUAUACAUUAGUACCUUUGUCAUCAUAUGAAAAUUUCAAGCUGAUCAGAUGAAAUGAAAAAUUAAGAAAAUUAUUUUUCGUUGUUUUUAUGAAAAUUUUGAAUGAAUUUUUCUCAGCCAUUUUUUUACUGAGUUUCCUGUGACGCGCACAUCUGAUAAUUCAUUGUUAUUCUUUCAAUUUGUCAAGAUGUUUUAUUGUAAACUUUUUGUCAGUCAGUAAAAAAAAUAAUUUUUGAAAUCUAUUCUGGAAAAGUUUUCCAUAUUUGGAAACUAUGCCAUUUUUCAAAAAAAUAUCUUGUCAAAUUUUAGUACGAUAUAUAAUCUUGUAUGUCCUAAAGUUUCUUGAAAAUCAUGCGGACGAUAAAAGCAAAAAAUAAGUUUGUUCAUUUUGAAGUAGUUUUGAGAAAAACAAUUAAAGCUUUGCUAAAGUUCUUGGGCCCAGUGUAGCUACUGUGUUGUCAAUGCCACUUUCAUGUCAAUUUUAUGGGAUCAGUAAUCACACAUCAGUGAGUGCAUUAACCCUUUCCUUGCGCGCGGGACGGGACGUGACUAUCCCCUCAGGCGCAUUCAGGCAGCCCAAUUGGGGGUCUCUUUUAACCUCUGUAUCUCAAACACUAUUCAUCACAGCUAAAAACCAAAAACACCAAUGGAAAGAGGAGGUCCAGAUCUAUAGGAGUUGGUUAUGUAUGCCUCUCCUGCGAAUGUACAUGCACGUUCAGGGAGUGUUGAAUGUUAACACUUACGUCGGUACGUGUGGGAUGAUCAGCCAUAUUGAGGGAACUGUGGACAUCUCUCCUUCAGAUUCUGGCAAGGGGGUAUUACCAACUGCAAUAUUUACAACUAUUUGGUCAAAGAAUCCAUCAGGUGACAGGUGAAGGGCUGGUAUGAUUUUCCACCAAAUUUAGUGAAGAACACACUCAAUUGGCAAUACUGUGUUGUGAGAAUUAAUGUUGGAACACUCCCAUACGCGGGAAAUUUGGGUGCGGGUGGAGCUCACAGCAAGCAUUUAGCACCACCACCAAAUACGCCUAACACUCACUGCGAACGUUUAGCAAUGAAAGGGUUAAACUACCAGGCACCUUGUCCAGCCUUACAAAGGUAUUAAUCGCUCAAAGGCAAGGGUGCCAAGCACAUUCCACGUCGGUGCAGUGCGUCACUCAUUCCAAAGUGGUGUAUGUAUUUAUGUUAUCAUCGGUAGGUUAUAAGUUCCUUCCAGUGUUAUGAAUAGCAAAGGUGUAGUGAUAUGAAGAUUAAAGGUCAUGUAACACUCA